AUGCAGAGCGUUGUCACUGUUAUCAUGCCAGUACAUAUCUCAGGGUUUCAGACAUUCCGGCAGUUCCACCUUAUCGUUGGAAGAAGAAGGAGUACUGAAGUGUUGGAUGCAAACUUGACGUGGGGUAAUGAGAGGAGUUACCCGGAGUUUACCGAAUGUUUCCAGAAUACCGUUAUUCUAUGGUUACCGAGCAUCUUGUUGGUAGUGACCGCGCCCCUGUAUCUAUACAUCCUUCUGAAGUAUGAGGACGCAUAUGCGCCAUGGAGCUGGAAAAGUUUGGGCAAAAUAAGCUUGGUCGUGCUCCAGUUAUCGGUUCGCUACCUUCAGCUAGGACGGACGGACGGUGGAUCCUGGGGAAUCCGGCGUUUCGGAUUACUAACAGAGGGAUGCUUUUUGUUUUUGCUGAUUCUCUACACACACAUAGAAAGAAAGAAGGGUUUCGUCACUUCCGGUAUCCAGACAAUCUAUUGGUUCCUUGCCUCCCUGUGUUGGACAUUGCUCUGGUACUCCAAGAUGGUGAAACAGGGCUAUGAUAGCAACUCGGACGAGAGCAUUACUAUGAAAACGUACUUGGCGUUAUGUCUAGUGCAGUUUAUACUCACGUGGUUCGCUGACAACCCUAACGAAACCAAGUCUGAGAGAGAAUGCAAACUUUUACAGUACUCCUUUGUAUCAAGGUGCUUUUUCCUAUGGUUUGACAGUUUCAUGAGCCUGGGGUACAAACGGCCGCUUGAAGACAAGGACAUAUCAGCUAUGAUGCCUAAUGACCAGCCAGAGAUUGCUAUACCGAAAUUUGAGCGCACAUGGAAACUUGAGCAAGCUAGAUUAGAAGAGAAAUACAAAAUAUCUGGUAUUGAAGAAAGAGUUGGGCUAUUCAAAGUUAUGAUCAUGGCAAACUGGCCUGUCCUGCUUGCAGCCAAUUUACUUAAGCUUUUUGCUGAAGUAUUUAUUCUGUCAAAGCCGUUCGUUACCGGAUUGUUAGUUGGAUUUGCAGAAGAUCUGAACCAGCCGGCAUGGAAGGGAUUUAUUUACUUGUUCGUGGGGGUCAUAUGCCUUAUGGGAGAUGAUGUCACGUGCGGGUAUAUGCGGCAUCUGUGCCAGUCAACAGCUCUAAGGUUGAAUCAUUGCCUGAAGAGUGCUAUCUUUAAAAAGGCAAUGAGGAUGACAAAUAAGGCCCGUAACGAGUCAACUGUUGGUGAAAUCGUCAACGUUUUCGGACAGGACGUGGGGCAAGUGCAACAUUUUGUGGCGUUUCUGUUCUGGCUAUGGUGUGUUCCAUUUGAGCUGCUUGCGAACCUAGCUAUACUGUGCAGCACUGUAGAUUAUGCCGGACUUGCCGGAGUCAGCGUUCUAGCGGUCGUAAUGCCGCUUAACAUGUAUUUUGCGCGUCAAGGACACAGCACUCAUCUUGCGCGGAUGGACAAGAAAGACUCCCGCAUAAAACUGAUGACGGAGGUUUUGAACGGUAUAAAGAUUUUGAAAUUAUACGCCUGGGAAAUGGUGUUCGGUGACAAGAUCUUGGAACUACGAAACGAAGAGAUAAACAUACUUCGGAAGCAGCGGACUUUCCGUAUUAUAGCAUCAAUCUGUUGGACUCUUGCACCGUUUAUGAUGAGUUUGGUAACAUUUGCAGUGUAUGUACAUAUCAGUGCUGAUCAUAUGUUAACGGCAAAAACGGCCUUUCAUGCCAUGGCAACGUUUGGGAUGCUUACACACACAUUUAAUGCCCUACCACAUAUUGGGCAACAUUUUAUGAGGUCAUUUGCUUCUAUAAGAAGAGUGGAGAAAUUUCUAAAUAACAUAGAAAUACCAGAAGAUAUCGUUUCAAACAGCCCCUCAGAUGACGCCAUCACAAUAAAUAAAGGCACUUUUACUUGGGACAAAAAGCUUGGACCAUGUCUUCAAAAUAUAAAUAUGACAGUUCCGAAAGGCAGUCUUGUAGCAGUAGUUGGAACAGUUGGUUCAGGAAAAUCUUCGCUUUUGUCAGCGAUACUUGGUGAGAUAGAAAAAGAUGCAGGCGACGUGAACGUUCAUGGCACCAUUGCGUACGUUCCUCAGCAAGCUUGGAUACAGAAUAAUACAUUAAAAGAUAACGUAUUGUUUGGUCAUAAAUACAGACAACAGACUUACAACGACGUUAUAGAAGCUUGUAGUUUGAAAAGAGACUUGGAAAUACUUCCAGGGAGAGAUAUGACAGAAAUCGGCGAAAAAGGUAUAAACCUUAGUGGUGGACAGAAGCAGAGAGUUAGCAUGGCAAGGGCUGUCUACUUCAACUCUGACAUCUACCUUCUAGAUGAUCCAUUGUCAGCUGUCGACGCUCAUGUUGGCAAAGAUAUAUUUGAAAACGUAUUAAGUGAGAACGGGUUGCUUAGAAAUAAGACACGUGUGUUGGUUACCCAUGGAAUAACAUGGCUGCCUCGUGUUGAUAAGAUUUUUGUGAUUGAACACGGUGAAAUCUCAGAGACUGGUACUUACGAGCAACUGAUGGAGAACAAAGGAGCGUUUGCGGAGUUUAUACAGAAAUACAAACAAGAAGAAAAUAACUCAGACGACGAAGAGGAUACUGUUGAUGUUGUUCGUAGUUCUGAAGUUAGUGUAAACGAAGGAACUGACGCAGAACUCAUCAACGAUUUGCUGGAGGCGGCGGACAAAGGCACACCCAUCUCAUGCUCUUCAGUUGUCUUGGAAAGGCUGAUGUCAGACAGCGGGUACACUUCGGAAACUACCGAAAUGUCAGAUAUGAAUACUAAAAGCAAAAGUAAAGCAACUAAGAAAGAAAUGAAAUUCAAAAGAUCUAUAUCACGUGCGAUUUCUAUAGAAGACAAACAAGAUCACAAAGAACGCCCUAAGAAACUGAUUAGAAUGGCAACUUUUGAUGACUCUAAUAAAAUGAAUGAGGAAAGAAUAAAGAGGGAAUCAGAAAAGAUGGAUACUGGCAAAUUAAUUGAUGAUGAGGAAAUUGAAACUGGAAAGGUUAAGUUCAAAUACAUUCUUCCCUAUUUCAAAGCGAUUGGAACUGUACCCUGCAUAUUGAUACUGCUAUUUUUCCUCGGAUUUAAAUUAUGUGAGAUAGGACAGAGUGUUUCACUUAAAGACUGGACAAGUGAUGGCCAACUCAACAAUCUGACACUGAUGUCGAGCGACAGUGAGGAGAGAUACUACGCCAAUAUGUACUAUAUACAAAUUUAUUUAUUCAUUGGAAUCAUGUAUUGCAUUACCGAUCUGUCUACAACAACUAUCCUUGCGUAUGGAGUUUUACGAGCGUCCACUGUACUGCACGAGAAAAUGUUGAAAAAUAUUCUCAGAGGACCAAUGUCUUUCUUCGAUACCACACCAGUGGGUCGUAUAACUAACAGAUUUUCAGGGGAUAUUGAACCGUUGGAUGGAGCUAUAUCCGACCAUACAGAAAGAAUAUUACAUUGUAUAUUUGGUCUGAUCAGUAUAUUUCUUGUAAUUAUGACGUCACUACCAAACUUCGCCAUAAUGGCAGUACCUAUCUUCUUAGCUUAUAAUGAGAUUCAGAAACGUUUUGUACCUGUGCGUCGUCAGCUAAGCAGGAUGGAGUCGAAGAAGCGCUCCCCAGUGUACAGUCAUUUCACAGAGAGUUUGAAUGGUGUACACGUCAUCCGGGCAUUCAAUAUGCAGGAGAAGUUUGCUGCUGAGUCGGCAAGUAAAGUAAACGUGAUGUGUGAGGUCUUUUGGCAAAACAGGACUGUAGAUAGGUGGAUAGAUCUACGCCUAUGUGUCUUGAACGUGCUAUGUUUUGCUGCUACAACGUAUUUUGUAAUCAUGGAGCGGGAGAGGCUUGAUGGUGCUGUCGUUGGUAUGGUCAUCACAUUCGUUCUUCAGCUGAACGGAAAUUUAGAAUGGUUUGUGCGCAUGUCCGGGGAAAUGGAGAGGGAUGUAGUAUGUAUUGAACGCAUUGGAGAAUACUCUUCAACAAAGCAAGAGGCACCUCUACAUACAUCUGUUGUCCCACAGAAAUCGUGGCCAGAAAGCGGGAACGUUGAAAUCAGUAACUACUCAGUGCGAUACAGAGAAGGACUGGAUCUAGUCUUGAAAAAUAUCAACGUCAAUGUGAAACCGGGUGAAAAGGUAGGAAUAGUUGGGCGCACUGGUGCGGGCAAAAGCUCAUUGACGUUAGGACUAUUUCGGCUAAUAGAACCUGCUGCAGGAAGCAUAAACAUAGAUAAACAUGAUAUCAGCCGGCUUGGACUGUUUGAUCUAAGAUCAAACCUUACAAUCUUACCACAGGAACCAGUUCUGUUCUCGGGAACGUUACGGACCAACCUGGAUCCCUUAAAGGCAUUUACGGAUGAAGCAAUAUUUACAGCCCUUGAACAUGCGCAUCUGAAGUCUUUCAUAGAUACGCUUCCAGGAAAGCUGAGUUAUGAUUGCGGAGAAGGUGGACAAAACUUGAGUGUUGGACAGCGACAGCUUAUAUGUUUGGCUCGAAGCUUGCUUAGAAAGAGUAAUGUACUAGUACUAGAUGAGGCCACAGCUGCAGUAGACAUGAAGACGGAUGAAUUAAUACAGAAUACUAUCAGGAAGGAAUUUCAGGAGUGCACUGUGCUAACCAUUGCUCAUAGAUUGAAUACUAUUAUUGAUUAUGACAGGAUACUAGUAUUAGAACACGGAGAAGUGAAAGAAUUUGACAGUCCAAAACUUCUUCUUCAAAACAAGAAAUCUGCUUUCUACGGUAUGGCAAAGGACGCUGGGCUGGUUAAAUAGUACGACAAAUGUCUAGGACUAGGUUUAAUCAAACAGUACAUAAAUGAUAGAGUGAAAUACAAAGUUUUAGUAAAUGUCUUAAAAGUUUGUUGGUCUGCAAUGAGGUGAUAUAACAUUAUAUGAAUGAAGGAAUAUAUUACGCGAAUUGUCACAAUUCUAGAACAAUAUGAGAAAGGUUUAUAACAAGUAUGGAUUGUAAUACUCAAAAGUUAUUUCGUGGAAAAAUACCACUACAAAUCAACGAAAUAGGCAAUAUUUGAAACAAAUUGUUGUGUCCAAACAAUUUAUUUUUUGUCCGUACGUCUGAAUUUGUGUCGUGCAUUAUCUCAAUUUCUCAAAAAGUAUUUGACCCAGCCAUCAAACCUCACAGGAUUAUUAUUCAGCAUGUGCAGUUUUGCACCUGGUGUUUUAAUUAGGAUCUCACACAGCCAGAUCAGAGUUAUGGCCUUUGACUUGGUCAAAAGUAUGAAUAUAAAGGUCGUAAAAGUUUGUGUCACUUGUAUCUCAAAACGUAUUUGACCUAGGUUAAAUAGGGUCAUGGAACAUAAUAGGAAUAAUAUUCAACCUUUUAAGUACUGUACCUGGGUUUUUGUUUGAAACCACGUAGGAAUAUUUUUCAGCAUGUGAAAAUUUUGUUUCGAUUUCACUCUGCAAGACCAGAGUUAUAACUCUUGACUUAGUCGAUAAUGUCCAUUAAUGGAACAAACGUGUGUGCCCUGAUCUCAAAAUUGUCUUGACCUAGAGUCAUUAAUAUUUAAUUUAGAAAAUUGUUAUUACAUAUUAAGUUGUGCACCUUAUGUUCUCUUUGGGUUUUCACUCAGCUAGGCAAGAGUUAUGGUCCUUGACUCAUUGAAAAAAUAAACAAGUACUUUAAGGUUAAUAUUUUAUAUACUUUGAAAAUAUUUCACCUAGAGUCGUGAAACCAUGUACAGUGACAGGAAGUGGUGGAACCUGUGUGACGAGUACUAGCUAGGUAGAACAUCAAGGCAUGUAUUGAAACAACCAAUCAUUCCAGGGCGGUGCCCCAAAAUGUUUCUUGAUUUGUUCGGUUUGUCCCUGUUGUCCAAUUAUUGUACUUCAUGCAACUAUUUUUGUGUAUAUGUCAUCAUUUACACUUUAUGUACUCUUCAAACUAAACAAUCGUGUAGGGUUCCUUACUGUGUAGAAUUCAUUCUCAUAUCUAUUCCAAGUGGAUCUAAAUGUCCUUGUUUGAUAACAGGUUUUCAUUUCGUGUAAUACAAUAUUUUAAAAGUUUGUUGGUUUUAUUAACAUUGAAAUGUUUCUUCAAUGCUAGCUAUGAUUAUUGUCCUUUUCUGGCAAUUACCUGUUUA